AUGAAUAGCAGCUUAGAGGGCUCGGCAAAUAGUUCCUAUGGAUCCGUGGCCAUCAUCGAGCCGACUCAAGUUGGUGGGCUUUUGAGCGCUGCAUUAUUUGGUUGUCUUGCCUGCCAGUCCUACUUGUAUUUUACAAGAUUCGCGAGCGAUGGCUUCGCCCUGAAAGCAACUGUAUCUGCAAUCCUUUUGAUUCAGCUGGGCCAAUUUGUCUGCAUAAUAUUAACAUUGCGGGCAAUGACUGUCAGCGCCUAUAGUGAUCCAUCUCGACUCAAUAUCCUUCCUCUAGCGACAGACCUGGUCAUCAUGUUGAGUGGCUUUACGGUAUUCAUCGUUCAUUCAUUUUACGCAUUUCGACUUUGGAAGUUGACCAGAAGCCUGUUCUUACCUAUUCUUUGCGGAAUGCUCUCCGUGGUCGCACAAAUCUCCAUGCUCAUUCUCUCAGUAAGGGCGUUUUCUAUGACGGACCUCAUGACGUUUAUAGACAGUCAAAUUGUGCUGAUUGCGCUGUCUUGGAUUGCACGUGCGGCCUGUGACUCCAUCACCACCGUCGGCGUCACCUGGAGUCUGAGAAAGGGACGAGUCUCUGGUUUUAGAGAGUAUGACUAUCACGGCGAUGACGGUCGACCGCUUGAUUCAUUGGACACUUGCUUCAAGUUCACAGUCGUGAAACAAAACUAUGUGUGGUUUGGAAUAUGGUUGUUGUGGCCUAAUGUCGUAGGGAACUCCUUGUUAGCCUCGUUGAAUCGGCGGCUACUCCUUCGAGAGAAUCGGAAGUCCUCAAGAGGUGAUGCCCAGAGUCGCGGUGGUGGUUUGAAUGCAAUUGGUUUCGCAGCGGGAGAUAUGCAAUCAGACAGAGACUCGCUGCAAAACUUGAAGAACCGAGACGUCCAAGUUCAAGUGUUCCAAGAAACAGAGCGCUCAAUCAAUCAGGAACAAAACCGAGUUUCGAAGCCUGCGGUAGUUCACAUACGAGCAUGUGUUUCAACAGAUGAUGAAACUGAUUGUUAAUUAUGAAACGAGUGUACGACGAGAUGGUGUAUCAGUAGCGUCCUUUAGGCAUGAAAAUUGAUCGAAGCUUUGUUUGUAAGUGA